AUGGCUACGUAUUCUUUUCAGGGUGUACUAAGGAUAACUGGUUAUUCAACAACAAAUGUAUCCAUAAGCAAUAGUUCUUAUAAUAACAUUUCACUUGUUGUUCAAUUUCCAUCAAAUAAGACACUGAAUACUAAUGCUACCUUGUACUAUCAAAAUGGAGUUACAGUUCAAAGCAACACUAUAACAAUCAGUACUCAGCAAUUUACAUUGAUUAAUGUUUCAUCAAAUUCUGUUUGUCUUCAGUUUCAGUUUGUCAAUGGCAGUAAACCUAAUAUUGAUAGUAUUCUGAUUAUUGAUAAUCAAGGUUUGAUUCAUUGGGCUGACAAUACAUUUCCUAAUGAUUCAUUGAACUUUAUUCAUUGUAUCAAUGGCAUACCAGCAGGUAACAACUUAAUACUGUAUGCAUGUCGUUAUUGGUCGAAUCUUGAUGAAUGUACUACUAAUCCUCUUGCUGUAAUAACUGGUAUUAAUAUUACUAAUGACUUUACAUCUUCAGUUCUAAUGUCAUCAGUUCAUUCAUCAUCAGUAUCACUCACAUCAACAGUAUUGACUACUCCAUCAUUGAUGUCUGUACCAUUGAUAAUAUCUACUUCACCAGUAGUUUCAACUACUUCUACUUUUAUAAUUAGAACUUAUUCAACAGUUACAACUAUGCCAUCAUCUACUUCAAUUACUUCAUCAAUGAUGUCUUUGCCAACAAAAAUGCCUACUUUGCCUGUACCAAUUCCAUCAUUGAUAUCUGAAUUUAAAACAUUUCUUUCAUCUGUGCUGACUGCUUCAACUACUUUAUUAGUAUCAACUUCUUCAAAAGUACAACAAGUUACAAGUAGCUCCAUCAUAAGCAGUACUACAGAUACUCCUACCAUUAGUAGUUCUACUUCUAUUCAUACCACUAGAUUAACUAGUACAUUAGUGACAGGUACUUUAACUGCUUCAUCUCCAUUACCUUCCUCCAUUACUUUACCAAUCCUAACUCCUUCAUCUUCAUCAAAGUCUUCUUUAUCCAUUACUUCACAAACUUCUUCAUUCAAAACUUCAUCUUCAGCCUCAACUCCUUCAUUGACAGCUCCUUCAUCCGUAUCUUCUUCACCAUCAAUUAUUCAAUUGGUUUCUGGGAUAUUAAUUGCACUACUAAUUAUAAUAGUUGUUGCUACAGUAAUUGUAGUGGUAGCAGCAACAGUUCGAUUCAAAAAGAGAAGAGGAAGAAUGGAAGUGAUUAAUGACAUUACAUUACUGAAGAAGAAUGAAAAUAAUAAUCAAAGUUCACAAGAGCAAGAACUAUCAUCAGUUAAUCCACAGUAUGAGAAUGUACAUCUACCAGUUCCACAAUCAGAACUAUCAAUGGAAGAAUGUGCUGCUUAUGGUGUAGUGGAAGGUACCAGAUUCCCACAGUAUGAGACUGUAGAUCUACCAGCUCCACAGUCAGAGAGAGACUAUGAAGUACCAGUAAAAGAAUGUGCUGCUUAUGGUGUAGUAGAGAGUGCUGGAUUCCCACAGUAUGAGACUGUAACAUUAACAGUUCCUCAGUCGGAACUAUCAAUGGAAGAGUGUGCUGCUUAUGGUGUAGUAGAGGGUAAUAAACUUUAGAGUUAGUGUGUGUGCUGGACUGGGUUCGGUAAAUUUUAACAAUUGAAAAAAUUUCAUUCAAAAAAUUUAAUACCAUUGUAAACAUUACUAUAUAUGGUUAGUUUCCACAUAGAA